AUGCAGCACAUCCAACACACCAUCCUCACCUCCCUCCUAGCCGCACGCCGUAUCCUCCCAUCCUGCAUUCCACUCCAAUAUCACAUAGCACGGCACUAUCGAGUGCACAUGCCAACUACUGAAUCAAGAGGUCGCUCCGUAGCUGUAAAAUCAAAUUCAGUCACCCAGGCAUACUACAAACUGAAAUCCAUCCUCGACGAAUCAAAAGUCAGACAGACUGUGCGCUAUCAAGAGAGAUUCGAGAGGAAACAUGACAGAAAGAGAAGAAAAUUGGGCGAGACUCAUUGGAGAAAGUAUAUGAGUUAUGUUAAAGGAAGUGUCAAGAAGGCUUGGAGUCUGAAGAGGAGGACCCUGCUAGAAGAACAAACGUAUAGAGACUUGUAA